AUGCAAGAAAUUGGACAGCGGAGGAAAGACGAAAACCCUAAACCCCAAAUUUUGGUUGGGAUUAGGGAAGAAAGGACGGAGAGCGCGGCGCGGGAAAGAGAAAGGGAGAAGAAGGGAACGAGGAACGACGGCGUUUUACUCAAAUCUAAACUUUGGAUUUUCGGUGAACUUAGGUGUGAUUAA